AUGGGCUCGCUAUCAAGCUCUAGCGGCGGUGAGCAGCAGCCAGCACUCGCUAGCGUGCACGACGACGAUGACAGCGAGGAUGAUGAGAUGGUGGUCGCGGCGGUAUCAUUUCUGAGCGCCAGCAGCCGGGGCAUAGGGCUUCCUCCGCGCUGGCAUCGUGGCUCCACACAUGGCCGGAGAGUGAACAAGCGGCUCGGCUUUGACUGGGGGGCGGAACGAAUCGUUGAUGACUAUUUCGCAGAAGGUUGUGUAUACAGUAUCGACGACUCCGAAAGAAGGUUUAGGGUCCCAAGGCAGGUGUUUGAAAGGGUGAGGUCUGCCCUUGAGGGGAGCAGCGUGUUCGGGCGGCGCGUCGAUGCCUUAGGGGUCCCCGGUAUUCACCCGCUGCAGAGAAUCGUGGCGGCAAUGCGCAUGUUGUCGACAGGCGUAGACGGCGAUGUCGUGGAUGAGUACUGCCGGGUGUCCGAAACCAGCGCUCUGAUUUCGCUUAAGGAGUUCUCGAAAAGCGUGGUGGCCGCGUUUGGGGGCGAGUACCUUAGCGCUCCGACUGAGUCAGAUCUAAGGCGCAUCAUGGCCAUCAACGCUGCUCGCGGAUUUCCGGGCUGCAUCGGUUCGAUCGACUGCCAGCAUUAUAGCGAGGCGAUGAGCUUCCCGUACUACCUGGCGGACGGCAUAUACCCCAACUGGCGUAUCUUCAUCAAGACGUUCAAAAGCCCACAAUCUGCAGAACAGUCUGCAUUCGCCCAGGCGCAAGAGGCUGUGCGCAAGGAUGUUGAGCGCGCGUUUGGUGUGCUCGUGCAGCAGUUUCAAAUAGUCGCGAAGCCCAUCAACCUGUGGUACCGAGAUGACAUUGCGGCCGUUGUGAAAUGCUGCGUCAUUCUGCACAACAUGACCGUAGAGGCCCGGCGGAACAGCUACGAGCCGGGAAUGGUGCAUCUGAUGCAGUCUGAAGAGGCGAGGCUGUCCUCGGAGGGCGUGUCACAGAUAUUUCGGUGGCAAUCACAGCAAGCGCUUGAAACCUCUGGCGAACUGUCUGAUGGGAUGUGGGCUGCGCAAGUUCUGAGCCGCGAGGAGGAGGUGACGUGCUCUGCUGCGCACAGGGAGCUGACCUGGAAGCUCAUGAAGCACAUUUAG